GGACAGUGGUGGUGCCGGCGCCGGAGACUCGCCUGUGACGUGUUUGUGCUCUUCGUGGUGUGUGUGUGUGUGUGAGAGAAAAAGAGAGAGAGAGAGAGAGUGUGAGUGUCGCUUCCCGUCCACGAUAACAACACCAGCAGUAGGAGGAACCUUGUGACCCUUGCCUGGUGUUUCCCCCGUCGCCUGCGUACUCGCCCUCCUUCACACACACUAUGUGCAAGAAGGAUGAUGGCGUCCCUACAGACCACCACCAGCAGCACCUCACCACCGCUGAACACCACCACCACCAACACACAACAGGAGCACCAACAACACAACCACAACACCACCAACAACACCAGCUCCAGCACCAGCAGCUACUACAGCAGCAGCAACAGCAGCAGGUGUCCCAGCCCAGCAAGCAGGCUGAGAGUGUAGAAGACGGUGGUGGGGGAGAUGGAGGAGGUGGAGAUGGUGGUGGGGCGGACGGCACGAGCGUAGAGGAGAAACAAGAAGUCACAACCAACCUGCAGGUGAAGGUUGACGCUCAGGCCUCCCGCACCACCACCCUCAGUGACACCCCCACCGAGACUUCCACCAAGACUACCACCAGCAAGCUGACCAAAACCACUAAGGUCAAGACAAUCAAGAUCGUCAAGAAGAAAACGACGAGCUCCUUAGUGGCCAAUGCCAUCUCUGAUCUCAGCAACAAGGCCGAAGAACCACGCAUGUUAGUUGGAGACUCUCCCAAGAAAGUCUUCAUAAAGAGGGGAAGUGAUACUCCGCCAAAGAAAAUCCCCGGAGCUCCAAAAAAGAUAGUUAAGCCCGUUAAGAGUCAAGAUUCAGUAGAGGAGCCAGAUGAAGCUACCACGGCAGCACCAGCUACAAAAAAAACAGAAGCCAUUGAUCCUAAGGGCCCACCCAAUGCUGAAAGUUCCAGUGAAACAAAAGAUGUCAAUAAUGUUAAAGAUUCUGUAUUGGUUGAAAAUUCUGUGAAAAACAAGGAGUCUGCAGAAGUGAAGGAACCAGUUGAAAGUACAAAUUGUGCUGAAACUAAAGCAUCUUGGAAGAUUAAAUCCUCCAAUAAAGCUAAAAACUCAACUGAAAUUAAGGUCUCCAUUGAAAGUAAUGACACAGUCAACACAAAGGAGGCAGCCCAGUCCCAAGAAUCAGUUGAGACUGAAGCAGUCAAACCAGAAGAACCUGCUGAAGUAAAUGAAUCUGUGUCAACUAAAGUCUCAGUUAAACCUAGUGAUUCAGUCAGGCCUAAAGACUCUACUGUAACUAAUGGUCCAGUCACACCUAAAGAUCAGGUUGAAAAGGAUGCUUCAGUCAAAUCUAAAGAUCCGCCAAAAAUUAAAUUUUCAGUUAAAUCUAAAGACCCAGUUCCAGUGGAUGAAUCAGUCAGAUCUAAAGAUUCAGUAAAAACAAAAUUUUCAGUUAGAUCCAAAGAUUCCAUCAAAACUGACUCACUCAAAUCUAAGGAUUCAGUUGAAACAGAAGAUUCAGUCAAAUCUAAAGAUUUGGUAAAAACAAAGGUUUCAGUCAGACCUAAAGACUCGGUUAAAACCAAUGAAUCAGUCAAAUCUGAAGACUCGGUUAAAAUUGAUGAAUCAGUCAGACCUAAAGACUCUUUUAAAACUGAUGAAUCAGUCAGACCUAAAGACUCAUUUAAAACUGAUGAAUCAGUCAAAUCUAAAGACUCGGUUAAAAUUGAUGAAUCAGUCAGACCUAAAGACUCUGUUAAAACUGAUGAAUCAGUCAAACCUGCUAAUGAAAGUGAUUCAGUCAAGCCUGAAGACUCCCCUGAAACAAGUGACUCAACAAAAGCAGAAGACUCUGUCCGAGCCAAGGGAUCGAUCACAACAAAAGAUUCCACCAAAAGUAAUGAUGCCAUACAAAUGUCAUCAUCAAAUGAGUCUGUAAGUUCAACAAAGGCCAAAUCAACGAAACCCAAAAAAUCUACAAAGGUUGUAAGCUCAGCAAAAACCACGGACUCUUCAAAUACUGAAGAGUCUUCAAAAGAGACAGCUUCCUCAGAAACCAGCGAGUGUUCAAAGACUGUAGAAAGUGAAAAGGUUGAUGAUUUGUCUGUCACAAGUGAUGUUGCUGAUGAUGUAGACUCUGACAAAGCAAUCGAAAAUAGUGAUUCUGUAGAUAAAGAUAUAGUGAAUGAUAUCUCUAGUUCAGGUGAAGAAACAAGCUUGGCCACCGCAAGUAACGAAAAAGUCAAAUGUCCCGAUGCUGAUUCUCUGUUAGACUCAGAACUGGAUAAUGUGAGUGUGUUUGUAAUUGUCCGUGACAUGAGUGGCCUCACUGCCACUGUAAAUAAGGUGACAAUAGUUACCCCAGCAACAUCUACAUGCGGUGAAUUGAUGCAGGAGGUGGGCCGCCGUUUCAAGUAUGAACACGACUCAUUCUCUUUGGUACUGCAGUGUUCCGAUGGUGAUCAGGUAGAAGUGGACAAGAUGGAGGCAGAACGUACUUUGGCCGAUGCCAGAUUUCAAGUGGAGGGCACCCCACGCAACAACCUCAUACUGUGUGACCUUGGUGGCCAUCCCCCUCGACGGACAGAUGAGGAUGACCUUAGCCUUGGUGCCUCGGCAUCUCCCACGGCCAACAGUACUGACAGAAAAUGGUUUGACCGAAGUAACAAUUAUGACAACUCGACAGAAUAUUCCUAUCCUUCUGCAUUAAUUAAGCAUGAAACAGGUUAUGUGGGACUGGUGAACCAGGCGAUGACGUGUUACUUGAACAGCCUCCUGCAGACACUCUACAUGACGCCAGAGUUCCGCAAUGCUCUCUACCAGUGGGAGUUUAAAGGCUCUGAGGAGGAAGCAUCCAAAAAUAUACCAUGUCAGAUACAAAGACUCUUCCUUCUCCUACAGACAACUAACAAGAGUGCUGUAGAGACAACCAACCUCACCAAGAGUUUUGGAUGGGACAGCAGUGAAGCGUGGCAGCAACACGACAUUCAAGAGCUGUGUAGAGUGAUGUUUGACGCCCUUGAACAGUGCUUCAAAAACACCCAUCAGUCCGAUCUCAUCAAUAAUCUUUAUGAAGGAAAGAUGAAGGACUAUGUGAAGUGCCUUCAGUGUUGUACCGAGGGAGCAAGAGAAGAUACCUAUUUAGAUAUUCCUCUUCCUAUUAGACCAUUUGGCUCCAGCACAGCCUACAAGAGUGUGGAAGAAGCUCUGAAGGCAUUUGUGGAGCCUGAGCUGCUCACUGGGAACAACAAAUAUAAAUGCUCAAAGUGUGAUUCUCUGUGUGACGCUCAUAAAGGUCUCAAGUUUACCCGUUUCCCGUACCUGCUUACCAUACACCUCAUGCGGUUUGACUUUGACUACCAGACACUACACAGAAUAAAACUCAAUGACAAAGUCACAUUCCCAAACAUCUUGGACUUAAAUUGCUUCGUUGAGAAUCCCAGUAAAGAGGAUGGAGCUGCAUCUGCUGCUGCUGCUGUUACCCCAGACAAACCCUCAACAGAUAAGGUUGACGAUGCUUCCACCACAGACUCUGGUUCGGCUCUUGACGUAGAAGACAGUUCUGUUGAAAAUACUUCAAAUUCCCAGCCAGAAUCUGACAAUCAGGAUGAAGAUGAGGGCAUAGAUGUAAGUAGUAUGUACAAUGAGAAAAACAAGACCUGGCUAACAAAUGGCCCUUACGUCUAUGAGCUCUUCUCUAUCAUGAUCCAUUCGGGCAGUGCCUCGGGUGGCCAUUAUUACGCUUACAUAAAGGACUUUGCGACAGGGGAGUGGUUCUGCUUCAAUGACCAGAGUGUAACCAAGAUAACAUAUGAUGACAUCAGGAAGACAUAUGGUGGCAACACGUCAAGAAGCGGCUACUACAGCUGGAGCUCAAGUGCUAAUGCUUACAUGCUCAUGUACAGACAGAUUACUAAAGACAGAAAUGUUGAUGCCUUUACCAGGGAGCAUCUCCCACAACAUAUCAAGGACUUAGUACAAAGGAUGACAGAGGAGGAAGCAGCAGAAAGAGAACAGAGGGAGCUCGAACGGUGUACGUGUCGCAUCAAACUCUUCUGCCAGACUCCAGGCCAGAGUCAGAUGGUGGAGAAGAAACUCAGAGUUCACAAGGACUCAACACUCAGGGAAACCACCAAAUUGGCCCACAAGGAGUUAGGACUAGAAAAUGUUGUUCCUCUGGAGAGAUGCCGCCUUGUUAAGUAUGAGGAAUUCCAUGACAGUUUAGAAUGUUCCUUUGAGGGUCAAGAGGAUGAGCUGAUAUCAGAAAUUCUUGGCGGUGUGCGCAGUUCUUACAAAUUUGAUCUUCUGAUGGAAAUUCGAGAUGAAGACAAAACAUUUGAAGUAUAUAAACCUGGAGGUACAACCAUAAAGGCCCAUGUGGUGAACUUAACAACAGAGGAAGUAGAGGGACCAUACAACCUGAGAGGGAGCCUCAACAUGACAGUCCGGGAACUGAAGGAACUACUCGGGCGAUCCCUGAACCUAAACCCAGACACCAUGAGAGUUGUGUUGGAGCGCUACUACAACGAUCUGAGACCGCUCACCACAGAUACCAAGACUCUCAAGAUGGAGGGUUUCUAUAGAUCAAACAAGGUAUAUAUUGAAGCAUCUGGCACUGAGCAUAACGAAUUUUUCACUGGAUCAAGUAUGUACAGCAUCCUAGACCGCUACGAGAACACCAUCACACUUUACUGCCCUCUUCCAGACACAAGCAAAGAGGCCUUAGAAGAACUACAGAUUCCGCCCUACAAAGAGGAAGAGGUAGUUUCACCAGCAGGUGAAGGCAGCAGCAGUGGUAGUUGUAAUGGCAUUACGUCCAUGACUUCUGCUGCCUCACCAGCAGACAGUGCUGCCAGUCCUGCCAGCUGCUCCAGCAAAGACAGUGGGAUUAGCAGCAAAGCUCCGACUGACUCCUCCAGUAGUGAAACUGGAAGUAGCAGCAAUAGCUCAAUUGUCAGUCCAUCCGGCCCAUGUACUUCAUCACUAUCAACCUCAUCAACUAUACCUGCAAGCAGUCCAGGAUCAUCUUCCAUGCAGGGAAGUGUUGGUGGAAUGCCUGGAGCCACGGCCACCACUCCUACGGCCUCCCCCACCACGACCAGCACCGGUAAUGGUAGUGAUGGCGAGGACGAGGGGAUUGCUGAUGCCGACAGUGGUGCCAGUUCAUCCAAUGUCAACAGUGACCAGAGUGCCAGUGAAGAUUCAUCACUCACCAGUGAUAGUGACAGAACUUUAGUGGGUGACCCGCCAGAGGAUAAAUUGUCUGAUGCAAGUAAUUCACCAGACUAUAGAAAUGUGUCAUCUCCAGAGGACAAUGGCAGAGAGACAAAGGGAGAUGAAUCGGGUUGGGGUUUACCUAUUUUCCAGGACAACGAGGUAGUCUGGGGAGAGGACGAGAGGGAAACGGAGGUCAAGCGGUAUUUCAGAGCAGAAUAUUUCACAGAAGAGGAGACCAGUCAGAAAAUGUUGAGGGUCUACGUUGAUAAAAGAAUAACAAUCGGUCAGCUCAAGACAGAGAUGCAGCAGUGGGUAGGGGUGUCUCAUGAUCACUUCAAACUCUUCAAAAUAUACUCCAACAGCCAAGAAUUUGAAUGUACGAGAAUGACAGAAACAUUAGCAUCAUACGGAGACAACACAAGAUUAAGUGUCCGGCUAGGAAGAGCGUUGCUACCCGGAGAACAGAGAGGAAAGGUUUACCUGCUGGAGCCAGACAACAUUGAUGAUCCUGCACGAUUCCUCAUUGACUGGAUUGUUUGCAAGGGUGACACAGUUGCCAGCGCAAAGAAGUCCAUCAUAAAGGAAGUAAAUGCUCGAUGUAAUAUGAGCCUCGUCACAGAGAAUGUGCGAUUAAGAAAGAAGAGUUGGAAGAACCCUCAGACAAUAUACCUCGACAAUCAGAAGUUUGACGAUGAUAUAUGUCUCUAUUCCAACUGGGAGCUCUUCCUCCAGAUUAUAGAGGGGCCAGAGAAAAGAACAAGCAGCACUGAGGAGUUAGCAAUCUUUGUGAAAAGAUGGAAGCCAUCGUCUUACACCACUGAUCCACUCACAGAGAUCAUCAUAUCCAAACCAACUGUUGAAGCCCUUAAGGAAAAGCUCACGGAAAUAUCAGGAAUAGAAGCUGAAAACAUCGAUUUUGCUAAAGGUAAAGGGACAUUCCCAUGUGACAUGUCUGUCAUGGACUUAAACAAUGACCUUGAUUGGACUCCACGCACUGGCCAGUUGGAUCAGCGACCAUUAUACAUAUUAGAUGAUGGUGCUAUGAUGUAUUUUAGGGAUAAGACAGAGAAGCUCAAAGAUCUUACGGAGGAUGAACGUCGUGAGCUUGUAAACACCGAGAACCGUCGCCUGAACCGUGACCUGCAGUACUCCUGCCCAAGUUCCUCGACUUCAGCCUACAGUACCCUGAGAUCCAAAGAAAAAGGCCUCAAGAUUUACCUGAACCAUGAUGACUAAAUAUUUUCUGAAAUACAUAGACACUGACAAAAUCAAGGGAAAUUUUUUUGUGAUACUUAUGGUGAAAAAUUGAACUUUCACUCUCCAAAAUCCUUUCAUAAUGAUUAUAUAUAUAUAUAUAUAUAUAUAUAUAUAUAUAUAUAUAUAUAUAUAUAUAUAUAUAUAUAUAUAUAUAUAUAUAUAUAUAUAUAUAUAUAUAUAUAUAUAUAUAUAUAUAUAUAUAAAACCUCUCAUGGUCAUUGCCACUUUAUACCAGUGCUUCAAAAAAUCACAAGGAUUUAUAACUUAACACUAGAGUUUACAUGUUUUGUCAUGUUUAACUAAUGUACAGUAUUAAGUGCCCCAGGAUGAGUUCAGAUGUGACAGAGAAGGCAUGACUUCUAACCCAUAUUAAUUGACACUAUGUGUCUUAAGAAUUUGAGCUCAAGAAACUCUUGAAUUGAGUUGUAUUACUUUAUUUAAUUAGGAAGAAUUAAUGAUCAUAAUAAAAUCACAUGAGUUACUUUUAAUUUAACAGUUCAUAAUGCAAUGGAAGACACAAAAUGUGUCUACCAUGCAUAAUAAACCCUUCAUUGUUGAUGGUGAUUCACCACUUAUAUCAGGUAAACCACUUUCAUAAUGCCAGAGAAACUUUGACAGGUACAUUAAAAAUGAAAACCAUAUAAAUAAAUAGAUUUUAUCAGUUAUUUCAUGAUCAUAAUUUACUUAAAUGUAAAGUAACAGCUUCAGUAUCAAAACAUAUCCAAACAAGAUAGAUUUUUCAAUACAUUUAGAACUCCUUCAAGCCUUUUCUCAUUGAACUAGGUUUGUCCAUUACAAAACACACACAUAUUCAGACCCAGCUGUAGCAUUGCUUAAAACUUGCCAAAAUCAUAAUAUGUUGCCAUUGCUUUCACUUUAGCACCAUUACAAAAAUUAACAUGAAAAUGUGCAGUGAUUUAAGGUACUUGUACUAAGUAUGAUAUCAAGGGGGUAAAUAACAAUAAUAGUUUAUUGCAAUUUACAUCCAUAGAAGGAAUGAGCGAGAAGAGUUAAAUAAGGAUGAUACAAAGGAUACUACUGUACUGUAAUAAUUACAUGGAUAAUAAAAGCAAAAGGAAAACAAAACAGGAAUAGGAAUAUAAUACAAUAUUAUUUAUUGUAACAGGAAUUUGUUAGACUUACAAGUGUGGCACACAUCAAUAGACAGGACUAAAUACUGUAGUGGAUAUCCCUUAUCCAUGGAGAUACAGGAUCACAAAGUAUAUUGUUACAUAGUGUAUUGGCUACAGUCAUAGUAAUAAAUUGUUGUGGAUAACUUACCCGGUGCUCUAUAAACAAGCUAUAAGCUAUUGUUAAGGUAUUCAGUACAUGUAUAUGAUGUGAUAGCAAUGUGAUUAUACCCAACAUAAUUUUGUAAACAGACUGGGAGGUUAAAAACACUAAGGAUUUGUAGCCUUGUUUAUAACAUAAAAAAUACUUUUCCAAUUUUCAUUUGAGGAGUAAAAGUUUUGGUCUUAGAAAAAACAUCCCCUUUAAGAUAAUCUUGUAAAGGUCUAAAUAGUUCUUUUGAAAAUUUAGUGAUAUACUGUAAUAGGAAGUGCAUGAAAUAUAAAUUGCUGGUGAAGAGAACCUGUAAAGAUAUGUUACAUUUACUGGUCAAUCAGCACUUAUCAGACUGGUUGUUAAAACUCCAUCCUUACAUCCAGUAUUAACUAUUAAAACAAGGAUGGAAGAUUACAAAGGUUUCUCAAUAUCUUAUUUGUCAUAUGCAAUAAUUCCAUUCAUUUAGAAUAUGAAAACAUUGAUAUUAUUUGCACUCCUUUACAGUUUUAAACUUUGAACUGUUGAAAUUAUUGAAUUCAUAACUUUAUAAUCAAAGAAGGAAAGAUUAUUCACCUUGUGAUUAAAAAUAAUUACGUACAAAGUAAAUUUAAAUAUCUGAACUGUCUAUUUACUAACAAAUGUACUAUUAAUAUAGACUGAAAAAUACUACAAGACAACAGUUGUCAUAGAAGUUAGUGAUACAGUACUGUAAAAAUGCAUUAUCCUUAAUAUGAACUGAAGGAAAGUUUGCCUUAUUUAAGGUCAAAUUCAAGGCCGGUUUUGCAUUGUUUCAUAUUGUCAUUUAAGCUCAUCACCUCAUUGGUGACAUGUAAAUAGUUGCAUGUAUUUUGGCAUCGUCUUGUGGUUAUAUGUGCAUGUCCCUUGUUUGAAUGAGAAAAACAGCUGGAACUGUAUUGGUGUUGUGUUGGAACUGUGGGGGUAAUGUCGAUUACUUGGGGCAGCAUUGAUGACCGUCGGCCCACCUUGUACAUACACCCAGAGUGUGAUAGACCUGUCGUCUUAUGGAGCAGCAGGCACCUUGUACAGUAAAGGAUUUUUUUUUCUGUAAAUAGUUGCCAAAGAUAUAAAUCCCAUUUUUCAAGACCAAAUUGAGUUGGUGUUUUUCACCUUUAUGGAAGUACAGUAUAAUGUGUAAGGGGUCAUUCUUAGAUGACCCCGCCCGAUUGAGCCAAUGCCUUGUACCAUACUCGUGUUUUCUCAUGUUAGUUUGUAUAUGACCCCCCAAUGGUUUCUCCUAUUUUAAUUAAAGGGGAGAUCAACAGGAAGUAUUUUUUUUUCUAUUACCUACUGAAGAUGCCAAGACUACUCUGUUGUGCAUCCUUUUAUUAAUAACUUCAUAUAAUAGUCAUGUCUUCAGGAACCCUAGUCUAUGUUCACGUAUUUGUUGCAAGUUGUCAUUUUGUCUUGUAUAUUUAUGUGCAUAUGUUAACAUUUAUUUAUUAUUUCAAAUGUUUAUCAGUUGGAGAGAUGCUCUAAGUGAAGCUUCCUUUAGUUAUACAGAAUAAUUAAAAAGAACUUGAUUGAAGAAGUAUUUUUAUUUGUGUACAGAAUAAUCCUUAAGAUGUGCUCAGUUUGAACAGAUAAUGACUACAAGUUUAUUCAUUGUCAUAUUUGUUUUGUUUAUUGACAGUAUAAAUAAUAAUGUACAACUAAGUAUCUAUUUACCCUUUUUAUCUAAAGUAUUACCAAAAAAAAUGUUAAUUUUUUUUUACAAUUCAGCCAAACUGUGGAAACAAGUUCUCAUUUAUAUAUAUGUAUGCAGUACUGUAUAUUUUUUGUUUAAUAGUUUAGUUAUUUAACAUGUGCAUUUCUGAACUGAUCCCAUUUCUUUUUCUGUGGUGGUUGGAGCUUAGUGUGGUAUAUCUCUAUUACUGUUCUUAAAUCUGGCUCUCUCCUUUGUAUUUCCUUUGGUCUGACUUUGCAAUAAAUAUACUUUUAUCACAUAAACAUUGGGUAAGGGUUCCCUAGUCCACUCCCACUUGCACAAAAACUGGAAUGCAAGGCGCAUGAAACAUACUUUGAUGUUGGCCACCGUCCCUACAGCUUACUUCAACCGAUGUUGGCCGCCAUUUAAGGGAAGAGUUAAAGAUAUAAUUCUAGAUCGUCAUGAACAUUUCUGCAAAGCUUGUCACAGCCUCUUGCAGUUGAUUUUUGGCCAAUAUGUCCUUUGAACUGGUCAUAAACACUCCCUGUAAAGUGAAACUUCUCCACAAUAUGUUUGACAAUUUUGUUUUGAGGAAUUCUUGAAUUUGGAAAUUUCUUUUCAUAUUAUCUAUUAAUGUCAACCCUUUAUUUUGUGACAAAAUUAGUGUAAAAUAAAUGGCCACUGCUGUAAAAAAAAAAUUUCAUUGUCAGCAAUACAAUAGAUAAAACUUACGACCAUUGUGAAAUAAAACCCGAAACAAAGAAAAAUCAGUACAUUAGUUACAAUGUGCCUCAUUCCAAAAGGGGCACAUCAUUGUGGCACACCAUGAAAAUUUGGUUAUCAUUAUAUGUUUCCAGUACUAUAUCUUUCUUAAUAUCUGCAGUGUUUUCCACAACAGCUGUAUUCAUUGAGACUACAGUACACAAAAUGCAUUUUUUACCAGUACCGGUAUAUGUUCCUUCACUAUUUUCUUUCCUAUCCAUCACUGGGAUCUUGUGUUAAUUAUCUAUUAAUCAUAUACUCUGUAAAUAAAUCUUAUAAGCCUUUUUUUAUUGUGAUAAUAUUGGGUGUUACUUAGAAACAACAUAAAGGGCAUCACCUUGCUAGAAUAAUGUAGUUAUUCAAAUAGGCAGAAUCACUUCGUAUACCUACAGCAUUUUCACCUUAUUUUCUAUCUUAUUUUGGCAAGUGAUUCACUGAUUUAAAAGGUAAAACUUCAUUCAUGCGUACGUAUAUAAAAAAGUACUGGGAAUAAGUGAGUUGAAAUAAAUUACUACAUGACAAGAAAUUAAGUGUUAGUUAGAAACACAUUUUGAUUUCAAGCACCUGGUUUACUCCAUAGAAGUUAUUUAAUGUCCAUGUACUUGCUCUUCAAAAAACAUCUUUUGUUUGACAUUGUACUCUUGAAACAACACAGAAAAAGUCACUAUGUAUUGUAUUUGUUCUUUUUCUGUACCUCUUGCGAUUGUGAACCAUUUGAAUAUGGCAUUUUAGGUAUUCUUGAGUACUGCAACAUACCAUUGAUGAUGUUAUACAGAUGACCAAGUUUUAACUGUUCUCCUUUGUAUUCAACAGAAAAUAAACCUACAUUGCUAAAUUGUUCAAAUACAACAUGUGUUCAGGGAGGAGUAUUAAGUAUAUAUCUAAA